AGGAAUUAUGCGAAGGAGAGAGACAAGAAAGAAAGAAGGGGCAACGCGACACAAGGACAAAGAAGGAAUGAUGAUGAUGUGAGUAGAGUAAAAAGAGAGCAAUAUCGGGACGAAAUACAAGGGGAGGGGAAGUAUCUCAGCCGGGGAGAGAAGAGUGGAAACGGAGCAAAGAACAAGACUAGGGAACAGUGGAGUCCAAAAAAGGAAAGAGGACAAAGUAUCCCGGGGAGAGAGGAGGCGAGGGAGAGAGAGGAAGGACAAAGACCAAUUGAGAGGGGUGACCACCAAGAAGAAACCGACAAACCAAGAGGAGCGAGGUACCAGAAGUGACGAGCGGAGGAUCGAAUCUUCAUCAUCACCGUUCCACAUUAAGGUCGGACUCGCUCCCUUCUAUUAUAAGGAGAGGAAGAUACACAAUCAUGGUUCUGUGCGUAGACCCCACGUAUGCCCAGUUUCUCGUCGCACUAGGUUCGCUCAAAUGCAAAGACGAAGAAGACACAGAAAAGGAUGCAGAUGAAGACACAGAGGAAGUGAACUCAGACGAAGAGGAUGAGGACAUGAGGGAAGAAGAAGAUGAACAGGGACAGGAUAUGAACUCUUGGGACUACGUACAACGGUAUGUGCGGUCCUUAGAAUUGGACAAAACAGUGGAAGUGGAGGUAAGGCUAGCACACCACAAACACCUGCGCAACCUCAACCUCAGGGCAGCGACCAAAGUAGAGGAUACCAUAAGCUUAGAGAAUAGAUACGAGAUCCUCAGGAAAGAAAGAGAACUCAACGAAUUCUAUGCAGCGCAAUACAGUAUGAAGACAAGAAUUGAUAAGAACAGGAUCACAGUGGACACAAGGAACUACGAACAACAUUUCAUCUGGCCCAAAUCCUACGCUGAACAGCGAGCAGAGAGACGAGCCAAAAAGAACAAGAGAGAAGAACAGCAGGGGUCCACAGAUGCCCAAGACCAGGACACAGCCUCCACGACAGCAGAUGAAGAGUCGAUGGACGAGCUGAGGAGGCAAGCUGCAAUUCUGGAAGCACAGGUAAAAGUACUGAGAGACAAGAACAGAGAGUUGGAUGAAAACUGUAUCACCCUCAAAGAUGUAGCAGGAGGUGCACACAAGGAAAUAGAAGCAGCAGCUAGAUUGGACGCGUGCAACAGUCCCAAACGGCGGACGCUAAUCCCGUUUCAUUGGAACAGCAGCAUUGGGACUUGGGAAAUUGCCUACCACAGAUCCAACUCGUUGAUCUCAGUGCAGGAACAGGAGUGCGCACAAAAAAUUCUGCAAGAAACAAUCUCAGAUAGUGUCCCAACAGAGAUGCAUAUCUUAGGGUCCAAAAAAGAGGCUAUGGAAGAAUGGAAGGACCAAGAGAAUGAAAUGCAACUGGCAGAUCUGCGACCCUUAUUACUUGACUUGGGGGAAUCAGCCAGCCUUAAGGGAGACUUGUGCUGGGUCCCAUGGAAGGCCGUAGAAUCAAUGCCUUACGGCUUGUUGGGUGGAGAGCUUGCAGCGGAAAGGGCUGCCAUGAGCAGUGCUCUAGUCACUACCUACGCUCUGUUCACACUCUCCCCCAAGCUCCUCGAGCUGAAACUUCGGGGGUCGGUCUCAACGAGGAAGGAGAUAGCAAGGCCCGACUCCCAGACAUCAGAUUACGGACGGCUCAUGGAGAGGGCAUUGCCGAUUCGACUGAUUCAUGUCUCCAAAGGGCAAAGCAUGGGUGCAAAGGUGCUAACUCAGGAGUAUGCUGAGAAAUUGUCGCGAUAUUGUGGAUUUGACGAAGUGCAGAUCAGGCCAAACCCGAAGAAUGUGAGUGAUGCUAAUCUACAGGUGGAACAUGAAGCUGAGCGCGUCAUGCGAUUACUGAAGCCACGAGAUUGGGUCAUUGCUUUGGAUGAAAGGGGCAGAACGAUCACUUCUGAACAGCUUGCAGACCUGAUUGCUGAUGCUGGUGAUUCGGGAUGGUUGGGGCUUGCUUUCUGCAUUGGCGGGCCUUACGGACAUGGCGCGGACAUCAUUGCCAGAGCGAAUGACAAGAUUAAGCUAUCUUCUCUUGUCUUGAACCAUGAGAUUGCACGUGUAGUAUUGAUGGAGCAGCUCUACAGGGCAUGGACAAUUUUGCGUGGCGAAAACUACCACCACUGACUGACGGAGUUAAUAUCUGCGGACCUACAGGCGAGAGUCUGGCGGCGACUCCUUCAUGAAUUCUUUGUCAUUGUUGACCCAAAAAGAUGUCAGCAGUGUGAUUCACUCCGUUGCUUCAUAUGGGACAUUGUCGCCCAGCAGAGAUGCUGAUCUGGAUGUGGAAGCUGCCAUUCAUGACCGACUUUGUUGAAAGCUCGUAGCUUUUGUUCCAAGUGCCAAAGAUGCCGACAGUGUUAUUCGCUCUGUUGUUUAUUGGGCCUCGAUCCGCUACUAAACAUCCAAAAAGUAUCGGGACUGGAGACCCCAUCAUGGGUACAAGGUGCAGAGAAGCGAGAUUUGCGAUGUCUUUGAAGU